AAUAGGAAGUUGCUAAGUGUUAAAAACGAUCUCUGUUGACACAUUUAAAUGUAUUUUUACCACACACAAACGGUACAAAUAAAGUCACCAACCUUCAAACUGUGCCAAUAAGCCAUCCAGUAUGCUUCCAUAGUCCAAAACGAUGUUUAUUUGCUUGAUCGAUGUGACGCUAAGAAUGGUGCCUUGUGUACAUCCACUUUGCUGCAUCAUCUUCUCUGACAUGUUUUCACCACAUUUCUUCAAGUUGUCAUCUAUUGUUACACAUGAAUCAAAAGCUGACGAUGUCCCCUGUAAUAUUCCAGAGCUAGUUUUUGGCAUGGAGCAACGUGUACGGAGAGGCAGACGUCUGUUUCACCUAAGCACAGCAUUCUUGUACGCGUCUCGUAGUGAACCUUUAUUUUGGUAGUUGACAAGAUAGGCUGAGAGGUCACAAACGCUCACCCAAACUUGAGUGACAUCUAAUCCAGCCAAUAGUAUGCUUUCUUCUGACAAUGUAGGUUGGUCAUUCAUCCCGAUUGGUGAAUCCCUCACGUUUCUGACUGCAUGCGUAUCUGCCGCAUGGUUUUGGUUGUCACAACAACAUUGGAGUUGCCGCCUACUCUGCUUGCUUUACGCAUCGUAGAGCAGCAUUUCUCGUCAGCAAUUUCGGGUUUGUACUCCCUAAAAGUGUGUGUUGCCUGUGAGUGUGAGUCGUCUGUGCUUUCUGUGAGUCGAGUGUUGUGAAGACAUCAUGGAUGGACGCGGUAGGAAGCGGUAUACUUUGGCCGAAAUCCACGCUCAACUUUUUGAUGACGGCGGGAAUGAGACAGAGGAUGAUGCGGUGUCCGAAGCUGACAGCACCGACUCAGCGCUUCAGGCGUUUGAGGACGGCAUAGAUGUCGUCCUCGAUUUUGAGGAGACAUCUGACUCGGAUGAUGGGAACACAUCUGAUGACCCUUUGGAAGGGACUUCAACUGCCCCACACCCAGCUGCCUCUCCAACUCCUCCAGCUGCUUCUCCAACUCCUCCAGCUGCCUCUCCAACUCCUCCAGCUGCCAGCAGUGUGCGCAUGAGUGGCAGGCGCCGUGAUCUCCACCCUGCUCCAACUCCAUGCCCUCCUCCAGUUAGUCGUGGUGCUAGGCGUGGUAAGCGCCCCUCAAAAGCCUCUGCUCCAACUCCAUGCCCUCCUCCACCAAGCCGUGGUGCUACGAGUGGUAAACGCACCUCACAAGCCCCUGCCUCAACGCCAAGCCGUCCUGCGAAGCGUGCAUCCCUGGGUCCACCGCCGCAGGACUCCGACUUCUGGCGUGAUGCAACGAGUGAAGACGUGGAGCCUCCACCGUUGCCAUUUCGACCCAGGCGCCCUCCAGGACCACAGCUGGACCCUCAGGUAGACUACCGGCCGCUUGACCUGUUCUUAUUGUUUUUCAGCAAGGACGUGGUUAGGACCCUGUGCAGGCAUACCAAUCUCCAUGCUGCAAAAAGGGCUGCACAAGGACGAAAGAGGAAGUGGGUCGACAUAGAGCCGGAGGAGAUGUACCGCUUCAUCGGAUUGGUCAUCUACAAGGGAUUGAUGAAGUUGCCAGAGAUGCGGGACGGAUGGAGGAAGGACCGCCUUCACAGUUUUCCCUUCCCUGCAUCCGUCAUGCCAGGGUACAGAUACGAGGUAAUCUUCUCAACCCUUCACAUGAGUGACCCGGCUGUUGAUGCAGCAAAUGAUCAGCUGAAGGGCCAGCCUGGGCACGAUGGCCUCUGCCGCCUCAGGCCGCUGCAUGAUGACCUCCUGACGGCGUGCAGGGCUUACUUCCACCCGCUCCAGAACCUCUCAGUGGAUGAGAGGAUGGUAGGCACCAAGUCCCGGAUCGGGAUGAAGAUGUACAGCAAGGACAAGCCAACAAAGUGGGGGUUCAAGCUGUUUGUCUUGGCUGACAGCUCGAAUGGCUAUACGUGCCACUUCUCGAUUUAUGAGGGGAAGGCAAGGGCACCAUCUGGGCAGGGCCUCAGUUAUGAUGCUGUUGUAGAGUUGAUCCAUGUCCCGUCCCUGGGCACAGGGUACAACGUGUAUGUGGACAACUUUUACACCAGCUCAAAGCUGUUCCUCCACCUCCAUGGCAUGAACUAUGGCGCCUGUGGGACCAUCCGGGAGAACAGGAUCGGGUUUCCGCGCACACAGUGGAAUGCCAUGCCGAAGAAUGCAGCCCGUGGAGAGCUGCGUUGGAUUCGGGAUGGUCCACUGCUGUUCGUGAAGUGGAGGGACAGCCGGGACGUCACGAUGUGUUCCACCAUCCACAAGGCCUACGGGGGGCAGACCGUGAAGCGCCGAGUCAAGGACCGGAACACAGCCGUGUGGAGCAUUCGGGAAGUCCCUGUGCCGGAGCCGGUGAAGGCGUACAACAAGUUCAUGGGAGGAGUGGACUUGAGUGACGCCCUCAUCAAGUACUACACCGUGACCCACAAGACACGGAGGUGGUACAUGAAGCUGUUCCUCCACUUUGUGGAUAUUGCGGUUGUGAACAGCUUCAUCCUGCACAAGGAGACCGCACUGGCCCAGGGGGAGACGCCGCUGACCCAGAAAUCCUUCAGGGAAUUUCUGUGCCUGGAGCUGGCUGACUUCGGCAAGCCACAGCCCGACCCACCAGCAGAGACUUCCAGUGCAGAUGUGUCUGCUGAAGCCACUGGUGAGACACCGCAAGCCCAGGCAAUGUCUUCCUGCCAAUGUCUCCCUGUUCCGGUUGUGGAUCAGCUGUCCUCUGAUCCACACCUCAAGGCGACACAAGGGAGGAGAAAGUGUGUGCUCUGUGGCAUGAAGACAAUGUUCAAGUGCAAGGCUUGCCAGGUUGCACUGUGCAUUAUUGUGGACAGACUCUGCUUCACCACAUGGCACGAGCAGAAGAGCACACACUAA